UGCUAUUAUUCAAUUUUAGGUUUGAAUUUCAUCUUCAAUUUCUGGUUCUUAUGUUUAAUUGAAGAUGUCGAAGGUCAUAGUUUGCGCUCGAUUCAGGCCUUUGAGUUCUGGCGAGAUCAGAGAUCACGGCAAUGGCGUUAGUAUUCAUCGUAUUGAUGAUGAAUCAUUCAAUUUCAAGGAUGAGAAAGACGGAGAUUUAAAAUUCGGUUUCGACAAAGUGUUCUAUGAAGAUUCUGCUCAAGCUAGUGUUUAUGAAGUUUUAGCUAUGCCGAUUGUUCAAGAUACUGUUAAUGGACUAAAUGGUACAAUCCUCUCUUAUGGCCAGACUGGAGCUGGCAAGACGUAUAGCAUGGAGGGACCUGGAAUCAUCAAGUGUGACGCUGAAAGGAAAGGUCUGAUCCCAAGAGUUAUAGAAGGACUCUUUGAGAUGAUCAAUUCUUCAGAAGGAGCGACUGCAUAUUCAGUUAAAUUGUCAAUGGUUGAGAUUUACAUGGAAAAAGUGAGGGACUUGUUUGAUUUGUCAAAGGAUAACAUACAGAUUAAGGAGAGCAAAUCUCUAGGAAUUCUUCUGUCUGGAGCCACAGAGAUUCCUGUGUUGGAAGCUUCUGAAGCAAUGCAAAUUCUAUCUAAUGGAAUUGUGAAUAGAGCAGUUGGGGAGACCCAGAUGAAUGUUGCUAGUAGCAGAAGUCAUUGUGUCUAUAUAUUCACGGUUCAGCAAGAUAUUUCUGCUGAUAAGAGGACUAAAACGGGGAAACUUAUUCUCGUGGACUUGGCUGGCUCUGAAAAAGUGGGAAAAACUGGAGCAGAAGGUAGACUUCUGGAAGAGGCAAAGACAAUUAACAAGUCCCUUUCUGCCCUGGGAAAUGUUGUAAAUGCAUUGACAUGUAGCCCACUGAGCAAGUUGACCCACAUCCCUUAUCGUGAUUCGAAGCUUACUCGAAUACUACAAGAUGCACUGGGUGGCAGUUGCCGAAUGGCUUUGCUGUGCUGUUGUUCCCAAAGUCUUUCAAAUGCACCGGAGACUCUAUCCACCCUUCGUUUUGGUGCAAGGGCACAACAUAUAAAAGCAGCACCUUGUGUUAUCCCAUGCGAAGAUAAAAUCAGCAAGACACAAGAAUAUAAUGUUCUAAACAAAGAUGUGGCAUGCGAGAGAAUUUUGGACAUGCUGAAAGACAGAAUGGGCAUUGAGGAAUUGGAGAUGCUAAGAGAGCUGCUAAUCUUAGAGGGAAUUAUGUACCGCCCGAGUUCAAUGGAAGACUUGAUAUCGGAAUGUGAAACUGUCGGGUCAACUCUUAUGUCAUCCUUGGGGAUAACAGUAGAGCUUGUUUCCACAGUGGAGGAGCUACUGAAGCAGAACAACAUUCUCAAGGACAAGCUAGCAGCUGCAGAAAAUAGAAGCUUUUUGGAUAGAAUAUCAUAUGCCCUCGGCUUCUGCACUCUUUGGUGAUAUGCCCAUAUUUCGUCACUCAGACACGUGUUAAAAUUUCCUAUCUAAACAUGCUCAGCAACCUUGGCAACGUAUAUGAAGUGCCAAACUUGUCAGCAAUCUCAUCAGAAAGCAACGAUUUUAUACUUCUGUCUUCAUAAAUAAAUACUCCAAUGAUUGUGGGAGCACCGGAGCAAUGGCACUACACCAGAUAUUUGGUUCCUCGUAUAUAUACAUUACAGCACUAUUAGCUAACAGGACCGAAGCAAAGUCUAUAAGCCCAAAAAACUGGAAUGCUGUGGAACUAAAGAUUUCACUCAAAGUCGCAUCAUAUAUAUACAUGUAAAUGUCUUCAACUCAAUAUUCUAAGCUUCCGGAGUUUACAUUUGUGUAAAGUGAAAGAAUACUAUAUCUUGAGGUAUGUUAUUUGUAUUGUUUGUCACAGCCACAUAAAUGAUAGCUUUGAUAUUGCUAUUAGUAGAAGAUAUAUAAAAAUAACAGUUUGCUUCGUAGAAAAUUGGAAUGGUUAGUUUUUGCCCCACCUUCAUCACCAUUUGACUCCACUUAAGUGAUUACUAAAUUGCCCCUCCAAGUUAAGUCCUUAUUCAUUCCUUAAAGUUAUACGUGUAUAACAAAAGACUAAUCCAAACUCAUUAAUUUUGUCAUAUUGAGCUAAUUCUUAAAUUUACAAUUAACAGGAAUAGAGAAACUAUUUAGACAGCUACUUAAUUGAAUUUGUCGGAAUAAUUGGGAGUUCAAAUGAUGGUGCUUCUUUCCCUGUUCUUGUUAUAGGAAUUAUUUAAUGGUGAAUUGGGAAAGUUGGAUUAUUUAUCUUAUAAUAUCCUAGCACAUGAGAGUGAGGGAUAACUCAAGUGGUUAGAGGUUUCCUCCCUUCCUCAGAAAACUAUGAGAUCGAUUCUUACCCUCGCUCUUGUAGCUCUCUAAACACCAAAAAAAAAAUAUCCUAGCACAUAACGUAGUUUAUGACUUACUUCUUUCCUUUUUUAAUAAUUGCAUGGCCUUAUUUGGUUUUUGAUAGUGGCAUCAGUUUCCUAUAUUGUAAAGUCUUACCAGUUUAUUUACUACCUCUGUUAAGUAUUAGUUGCAACUUUGGGGUAUUAUUUGUGAGAUAUAAAAUAUUCCAAAGUUAUAACUAAUAUUUAACGGAGGUAGUAAUUAUAAUUUCUUAGCAUAUGCCCCACUUUUACAUCAUAAUACUCGUACUAUUUUUCAUACUCCAUUUGUCCCACUCUUACAUUAUACGAG